ACCCGGCCGGCAAGGCCCCGGUCCGACGAGGCAAGGCGGCCCACUGCCCGACGGGCCCCGCAUGCCGGCCCCUAAAUAAUUCGUCCUCGCCCCUCCCUAUCGCCUCUCCCUCCUCGCCCUCGCCUCGUCGCCAUCCCUUCUCCGCUCCUCUCCUCGCCUCGCCUCGCCACCGUCCCAAAUUAGCAGCUGCUGGAGCUGGCCAGCCCCCGCCGCCGGCGAAAUCCCUAGGGCCUGCCCCUCCGGCGCUCCAUCCAGCCGCCGUCGCCGCUGCGGACGGCCGCGGCGGGUGGUCGGCGCGCGCGCUCCUCGCCGCCGCCGCCGCUGCUGUAAGAUCUGAGCGAGCUGCUGCGGCUUCUGCUGCCGUGUGGGCCCGGGGUUAGGGUUUCCCUGUUCGUAGGGUGUGGAGGCGGGUCCAUGGCGGGCCCCAAGUUUGGGUCGUUCAAGUCGGAGAACAAGGGGGACUCGGCCGCGUCGGCGGCCGGCGCCGCGGCGCAGAGGAGGGACCCGUACGAGGUGCUGGGGGUGGGGCGCAAUGCCACGGAGCAGGAGAUCAAGAGCGCCUUCCGCCGCAUGGCCCUCAAGUACCAUCCAGAUAAGAAUGCAGACGACCCGGUUGCCUCUGAGAAGUUCCAAGAAGCCACAUUCUCUUACAACAUCCUCUCAGAUCCUGAAAAAAGGCGGCAGUAUGAUUCCUCUGGAUUCGAGGCCAUCGAAGCAGAUAGUCAUGAAUUAGAGCUGGACCUAUCAAGUCUCAACACUGUAAAUACAAUGUUUGCUGCUCUGUUUAGCAAGCUAGGAGUACCAAUCAAAACCACAGUUUCGGCAACAGUUUUAGAGGAGGCAUUGAAUGGCUCGGUGGAGAUUGCUCAGCUUCAUCUGGGCAAAUCCGUAUGCAGGAAGGUGGAAAAACAAUCAGCUCAUUUUUAUUCAGUGGACAUAACGGAAGAAGAAGCCAAAUUGGGGUUAGUGUGUAGGGUUCGUUCAACUGCUAAAAGUAAAUUCAAGUUGCUUUAUUUUGAACCUGAAGAAAACGGUGGGUUAAGCCUUGCUUUACAGGAAGAUAGUGGAAAGACCGGGAAAGUUACUUCUGCUGGGAUGUUCUUUCUUGGCUUUCCUGUGUACCGUUUUGAACAUAAUAAUUCAGCUGCUGCUGCAAAAGAUCCCGAUAGUGCAUUCUUUAAGAGAUUGGAUGGUUUUCAACCAUGCGAAGUUAAUGAACUGAAAGAAGGGACCCAUUAUUUUGCUGUUUAUGGUGAUAAUUUCUUCAAAAGUGCAACCUAUACCUUAGAGGUUGUAUGUGUUGAACCCUUUUCCACCGAAAAGGAGAAGCUACGAAGCGUGGAGGCAAAGAUACUUGCAAAACGGUCCGAGCUGUCUAAAUUUGAGUCAGAGUAUAGAGAGGUUUUAGCAAAGUUCACCGAAAUGACCAGCAGAUAUGCUCAAGAAAUGCAAACGAUCGAUGAGCUUCUCAACGAAAGGAAUGCCAUUCAUGCAUCCUACACCAACAGCCCAACUCUAAAGCGGAGUUCCAGUGACAGCAAAGGGAAAACAUCCUCUAAAGGGUCCAAAAGUGACGAUGACCAAAGUGUAAGAAAAGAGAAGAAAUCUAAGAGUCCGACGACGAUGGAGGCAUCAGUGAGCGAUGAAGAGGGCCCUAAUAAAAAAGAAAAGAAACCUAAAGAGCGUCUUCGCAGGAAGAGAUGGUUCAACAUCCAUCAUUUGAAAGUGGACAAAAGAAGACCCUGCUGAGAGAUGUAUUGUAUCGUCUGAAUGUAUUAUUUUGUGUCGAUGAUUCCACUUGCAGUAUUCACCUUCUCAUAUCUUUUCUCCCAACACUGUACCGAUUUGUUUCCUGAAAAGUCAGGAAUCUUGGUAGAUUUCGGAGAUGUUGUAAAGAAAUGGUAUUUUGUACUGAAGUACUCAGCUAGCCCUGAAAACUCUUAUUUGCACUUC